AUGGCUGAUCUCAAGGCUCGGGCUGAAGCAGCGCUGCCCAAAUUCAAGCUUGAAAAGGUGCUCAACCAAGACCAAGCUGGCCGCCGCGUCUCCCUCUACGGCACAAUCGACAAUGAGCCCGCCGUCAUGGUCGUCGAGCGAGCGACAUUCCCCACAUCAGAGGUUUAUCUCGCCGGAUUGCCCUCAUCGCUCGCGCGGCUGCGGAAUCUGGGCGCAAACGACAUCUACUCGUGGAGCAUGGCGAGGACAGGGUCGGUGGACGAGGAGAUCAAGCCCGAGGCGGACAACGGACACGAUAACGGAGUCGACUUCUUUGCGGACCUAAAAAUCAACUUGAUAUAUCCGUGCACGGAGGCACACAUUAAAAAGUACAGCAAACAGGCCGUUCGAUUCGUCACGGAGACACCAGAGAUUUACAAGAAGCACAUCCAGCCGUUUAUGCAGCUUAAAAGAGAACAGGGAAGGUUAAAUUGGGUAUUCAAUAUCAUUGAAGGCAGGACCGAGGUGGAAGAUGUCAUCUACAGAACUAAGCUCGGCGAGGCUGGUGACGAAGGUUUUCUCCUCACGCCAGAUCUCAACUGGGACCGCAAGACGCUCGAAGGUCUGCACCUGCUGGCGCUGGUUGAGCGGCGGGACAUCUGGUCACUACGAGACCUGAAGAAGAAGCACAUCCCAUGGCUACAGCACAUGAAGGCCAAGGUCAUCGACGCCACGACGAAGACGUACCCAAGCAUCGAGGAGAACCAGCUGAAGCUCUAUGUUCACUAUCAACCGACCUAUUACCACUUCCAUAUACACAUUGUUCAUGUUGCCCUAGAGGCCGGAGCCACACAAGCCACGGGCAAGGCUGUUGGCCUUGACAGCAUUAUAGAGACACUGAAGAUCAUGGGGGGAGACGACGAGGCGGGUAUGGAUGCACUAUCGAUGAGCUACACGUUGGGCGAGGCGAGCGAGCUAUGGACGGGAAUAUUCGAGCCGCUCACGACGAACCGUGGUAUAGCUUCUCAAUAGCGAGGACCAGGUCGUUGACGCCGGGGCCGUUGGGGCAGUCCUUCCACUGGUCGUCAUCGCGAAUGCAAUAGACUUCGUUGUUGAGACGGAUGGUGCAGCUAAUGGUUACGUUGGCCUAUAAGUUUCGUUAGAUUAUUGGAGGUUU